AUGUUGGGUUUAGGAAAAGGCCCCUUUCUCUGUGGAGUGGCUGUCCCAGAGCAGCCAGGCCCUCAAGAGCCCCACCGAGGGCUCCCCGCACCGACCGUCCUCCGCGGGCCACCGGCCCGGGUCCUGCCCCGGCUUGAACGAGCGGAGCAAGGAGCAGUCCGCCGGGCCGCGGGCCGGGAGAGGCGGCAGGAGCAGGGAGCGCUCGGCGGCCCGCCCCGCUGCAGGAGCAGGCGGGCGGCCUUGGGGAGCGGGGCAGCCCCCGGCGGAGCGGGGCGCCGGGGGGUCGGUCCCCGAGGAGCCCGGCGGCAGGGGCGGGCGGCGGCUGCGCACGGCGUUCAGCGCCGAGCAGGUCAGCACCCUGGAGAGCUCCUUCCGGCGGCAGCGCUACCUGGGCGCCGCCGAGCGCCGCCGCCUGGCCGGCAGGAUGCGCCUCUCCGAGCUGCAGAUCAAGACCUGGUUUCAGAACCGCCGGAUGAAGCUCAAGCGGCAGCUGCAGGAGCUGAGGACGGAGCCUUUCCGCAGCCCCCCUCUCGCGUACGGACCUCGCAGCGGCUUCGUGCCUCUGCCGCUGACGUACGCGGCCCGGCCGCCGCCUCUGCCCCGGCAAGGGGCUGCCUCCGGGGGCUUCGCCUCGGCGGCGCUGCCAGCACCCACCCCGGACCUCAGCAGCGCCUGCAGAGCACAGCCUGGGGGCUUUUGGGCGGCACCCUGCUUUGUGGGGUACAGGGAUCCCAGAGCUUUCUUGCUGGGCUUCUGACCCUCUGAUGUGGACCAUGACCAAGCAGGAUUUGCACUACUGGUAGCUAUCUGGGCUGCCCUUGUCUGUAACUGCCCGGUGGAGUUAUGAUGCAGCACUGAGCAAAAUAUUUUAGAGACGUACUGAACAAUCUGAAUCAUGGACUUCAGGCCCCUGCAUUUACGGCCAACUGUGUAAAAUAGAAUCACAAUGGGACAAACAUUAAUAUAAAUGGAACCUUUUAAUAAAUCUAAACUUUUUCCAGCUUUCACGUGAAUUCCUUCCACAAGGAUUGUAGCACUGUUUAUCCUGCCCUAAAAGAGAGCUCCUCUUCAUUAAAGGAAGCAUAGACUCCUUGCUCUCUAGAUCUGUUCUGGCCCCCUGCAAUUUGCUAAGGGUGAGUGCAAAAAAAGCAUGAAUUUCUCCCUGUCCUCUAAAGCAGGUACCCAAUCCCUUCAGCUACUUCCUAGGUAGCACUUUCUCUGAUGGGACUGUGCUUUUACCCAAAUAGGUGGAUUCAUCUGUUACUAACACUGGGCUUGCUGUAGUAGCAGAACAGAUGCUUUUUGAUGGAGCCCUUUAAAUAACGUAUAGAAUAUGAUUUUAAAAGUUACUUUCUAAAUAAAUAUGUAAAAAUAUCUUCAUGCUUUCGUGUGCAGCCUCAGUAGAUUGGUAAGGGCCUCUUGUCUAAACAGAUCUUGGAAAGGGUCUAGCCUUCAAAUUUCUUAUCAACAAAAUAGUGUCUCAACAUCUCAUAUGCACCUAAUGGGGUAGGAGGGUGAUGAUCAAAAGAAAUGUAACAUUCCAAAGCUGGUUUUCCCUAAGCGGCAGUAAAGUUUGUUACCAUUGUGAUAUGCAGUCUUAAAAUUCGAAUAAUGCUCUAGGAAACAAGAUCAAAAUGGCCUGAUUUCAGGCUAGAGAAAGGGCUCUGAGAAAUGAUCCUUGACUGAUGUAAAUUGCCAUAAAUCUUUCAGUCAAUUGUCAACUCACAUGAAAAGAGCAAUAAAAAUUUCCAUCACUUUAGAGUUGAUCUCGGGGGUUAUUAGAAGAUUUCCGGCGCACUUGUAAUCCGGGCUCAUAUAAUGGAUUGUCUGAAGGUUCUCUGCCAGUCAUCCUUGAAGACGCCUAUUUUCUUUUCUAUACAGGGGCCAAUCUGCCACUUGAGUACACUUGUCUGGUAAAAAGCAACAUUAUGUGCUGCUGAAGGCUGUGGCCUUUGAUUUUCUGAGUAGCUGUCACAUUUGGAAAUCUCCUUAAUUGUUUUGUAAUCCAUGCUGUAUUCUUCUAGCCUUUUGAGAUAUUAGUAUUUGCUCACAGUUGUACAAUUAAUGUAGCUCUAAUGCAAGAGUUUCAGAAAACUAAUAAGGGCUCAGGUGCUAUCAAUAUUGCUGAGAUCUCUUCAGGAAUAUGAUGCAGUUUGGAAUUAAGGAAAUUCAUUGACAUGAGAUUAAAAUUUCCAUUGAAUGGAGGCUUAUUUCUCAAAGACAGGUAUUACUAAUCGGCUAUAUUGAUUCGAAAGUUAAAAAAAAAAAAAAAAAAAAAAAAGCAAUUUUCUCUGACUCCUUCAAAUGUCAUUAGGGAACUGGGAGGUUUCCAGAAAGCUCUGCAAUGCUGAAUAUUUACUCUGCUUUAGAGCAAUGACAUUUUUAAAAUAGCAAAGCAGUCAAGGCCA